CAUUACAGUAUGGCUUUGAAGCUGUGCUGACGUGCUUUUAUUUUCUAAUGAGGGUGAAAAACUCUGCCCUGUUUGACAGCAAGGUAGCUAGCGGUAUGCAUAGUUGUUUAGGGGGUACGCGCUAGGGCUACCUAAAUGAGCACGACUCGAGAGAGUGUGUGUGUACUGUCAGUUAGGGUCCCAUUUCGACCAGUCUAGAUUGAAGAGAAGACCUCCGCGCAGUCAUAACUUCAGCUUCAACAUCCAGCGGAACGGAGAAUGGACAGCUAUCAGGCUAGCUAGGUGGCUAUCCUUACUAGGACAACGACAUUUAGGGAGGAAAUGUGCUAGCUAGCUGGUUCGUGUGAGACGACGGUUUCCUGUUUUCCAGGUUGAAUCGAAAGUAACUGUUAACAUCUGGAUUAAGAACAUACGUUAGGUGAGGUGGAGAGAUGCAGACUUUUUUGAAAGGCAGGAGAGUGGGCUACUGGCUCAGCGAGAAGAAGAUGAAGAAGCUGAAUUUUCAGGCCUUCGCUGAUUUGUGCAGGAAAAGAGGAAUAGAAGUGGUCCAGCUGGACCUGAGCCAGCCCCUGGAGGAGCAAGGUCCCCUAGACGUCAUCAUCCACAAGCUGACCGACCUGAUCCUGGAGGCCGACCAGAACGACACCCAGUCAGUCCUGCUGGUGCAGAGAGUGCAGGACUACAUUGAGGCCCACCCUGAGACCAUCGUGCUGGAUCCCCUCCCAGCCAUCAGGACCCUGCUGGACCGCUGCAAGUCCUACCAGCUCAUCCACAGGAUAGAGGACUGCAUGCAAGAUGAGAGAAUCUGCUCUCCCCCGUUCAUGGUUCUGAACACAGAGUGUGGUCCAGAUACACUGGAGAAGAUUGAGAAGCAUGGACUCACUUUCCCAUUUAUUUGCAAAACACGAGUAGCCCAUGGAACCAACUCCCACGAGAUGGCCAUCAUCUUCAGUGAGGAGGACCUGAAGGAUGUGAAGCCUCCGUGUGUGAUCCAGAGCUUCAUCAACCACAACGCGGUGCUCUACAAGGUGUUUGUGGUGGGGGAGUCCUACACACUGGUGGAGAGACCCUCCCUCAAGAACUUCCCCGCUGGACCAGCAGACAGAAAAGCAAUUUUCUUCAACAGUCAUAAUGUAUCAAAGCCAGAGUCCUCUUCAGACCUGACCUCUAGGGACAACGUGGAGGGGGUGUCCCAGCCACCCAGUGAUGAUGUCAUCAGAGAGCUGUCCAGGUCUUUGCGACAGGCGCUGGGCGUGUCCUUGUUUGGCAUCGACGUCAUCAUCAACAACCUCACGGGCCAACACGCCGUCAUCGACAUCAAUGCAUUCCCUGGUUACGAGGGUGUCCCAGAGUUCUUCAACGACCUCCUGACCCACAUAACCAGUGUGCUUCAGGCUCACUCCCCCGACAGCCCCCCAGCCAGCGGGCAGCCCAAAAGCCUGGCAUCCAGUCAUACCCCCAUCGCUACGGUGCCCACAGCCCCGACCCCGGACUCCCCAGGCUGCUGCAGCAUGCUGGGGAAGGACGCCAGCAGCAACCCCUGGAUCGUGGAGGGGGAUGGGAACCUGAAGGGCCCCCGCCAGAGACUGGGCUGUAACUCAGCCAUGUCCCCCAACUUCCAGCAACACUGUGUGUCCACGAUAGCCACCAAGGCUUCCUCCCAAUGACUGCCAUCCUCUUCCCCCUUAGCCCCCACCCUGUUCUAACCACGAACAAAAACAGAUGAUGAUAAUGGUGACGAUAAUGAAUAAUAAUCAUAAUAAUUAUGAUAUUAAGUAUAAUAUAUCUGUAAUCUAAAACCAACUUUUUCUAUGUAGAUCUUGAUGGUGAUUGGGUCUUUGAUCUUUUCUUUUCUGCCUUUUGGAUUUUUUUUGUUUGGUUUAAUAAGACUUACAGUAAUGUGAACUUUUGGGAACUCUGCUUGCUUAGUUGCUGAUUUAGUUUCUCUCUGUGAAAUCUCUGUAAUCAAGUGGUCCACAUGAGGUGGUUGGGGGACUAGCCAUGUCUGACCUUUGACUGCAGCAGUAAAGAAAAGGGCAAUUAAACAUAUGCUCCAGGCACACAGGCACGUUCACACAUUUCCUGCAUUUAAACUCACUAGUGAUGUGUGUCUGAAUGCCACUCUGUCAUGUGUGGUUAGGGUAGAAGGGAUGUAUGGUUAGAGGUUUGUCUGUAUUCUAAUACUCCUCCACUGGUUUGGACCAGCUGCCUGUGCUAACUGACUUAAAGCAGAAGAGCCCACUCUGUCAUUUCCAAAGUUGCAAGAAAGUCAUUGGGAUCUUGGUGGACAUUAGAUUAGGGCGAUAUCUAUCGUCUUUUAAGGUAUACCGGUAUGGAUCCUCAUACCAGUAUGGAUUUUUACAAAACCGUCAAACUCAUUCUACGGAGGGCCGAGUGUCUGCAGGUUUUUGCUCUUCCCUUGUACUUACUUGAUUGAUUAAUUAAGGUCACUAAUUAGUAGUGGGGUGGCAGGUAGCCUAGUGGUUAGAGUGUUGGGUCAGUAACCGAAAGGUUGCUGGAUUGAAUCCCAGAGCUGACAAGGUAAAAAAUCUGUCAUUCUGCCUCUGAGCAGGGCUGUUAAUUCACUGUUCCCCGGAAGCCAAAGACGUGGAUGUCGAUUAAGGCAGCCCCCCCCACACACCUUUCUGAUUCAGGGGAGUUGGGUUAAAUGCGGAAGACACAUUUCAGUUGAAGGCAUUCAGUUCUACAACUGACUAGGUAUCCCCCUUUCCCCUUGUGAGGAACUCCCCUCACCUGGUUUUCUAGGUCUUAAUUGAAAGGAAAAACC